UCUUUGUUUCCUUCCUUUAACUUGUUGUAUUCUUAUCACAGAAUUUUAUUGAUAACUUUAUCACUUUAAGCGAUAGUUAUUAUUACAUCAAUUACCGAAGAUAUACCAUACUAAGUUUUAGUCGGUAAAUUACUUACUCAGCCACAAAGUUAUAAUAAUGGUACAAGUAGUACAAAGUUUUGAUCCUUCCAUGUUCAAAAAUAUCCAUAUAAAUAGAAAUAGCGUGGAUAUUCAAGUUAAAACAAUUUUGGGUAAAAACCCGGUGACCAGCACUGAGAACCUGAAUGCUUGGCUACUUAAAGCUAUCACCGUUAUAGACUUGACUACUUUAGCCGGCGACGACACUGCAUCUAACGUAUCGAGACUCUGUAUAAAGGCUGCCCAUCCCUUAUCAGCAAAAUUAAUCAGUGAUUUGGGUCUCAGUGAGGAUGAGAAGGUGCGCACAGCUGCAGUAUGUGUAUACCCCAACAGAGUUUCUGAUGCAUACAGCACACUCAAACGCAUGGGCUUGACGGAUGAAAUACAAGUAGCUUCUGUUGCCACUGGCUUCCCAUCUGGUUUAUAUCCUCUGCAACCGAGGCUCCUGGAAAUCAGAAAAGCUGUAGGUGAUGGAGCAACCGAAAUUGAUGUUGUUCUGGACCGCAGUCUCGUACUGACAGGGAAAUGGGACGUCCUGUAUAAUGAGGUGGCACAGAUGCGGAAGGAAUGUGGGACGGCUCACCUUAAGGUCAUACUUGGUGUAGGGGAACUAGGGACAUAUGAAAAUGUGUACAAAGCUUCUAUGGUAUCCAUGAUGGCCGGUGCCGACUUUAUAAAGACCUCCACUGGAAACGAAGCAGUGAACGCGACCCUACCAGUAGGGCUGGUCAUGUGCAGGGCCAUAAGGAAGUUCUACCAAAUGACGGGGCACAAGGUGGGCCUGAAGCCAGCAGGCGGCAUCAAGACGGGCCGCGACGCUGUCAACUGGUUAGUACUAGUGUACACCGAGCUCGGACCUGAGUGGUUGGACCCCAAGCUCUUCCGCAUAGGCGCAUCCAGCGUUCUCGACGAUAUUGUCAACCAUCUUCAAAAUAACGCUGUGGAAUUUAAACAAUGAUUCCAAACGUAAAGGAACACUCGCCAAAACUAAUAGCUUAGUACCCCUGUAUACAAAUUGUAUGUAUGCAGGGGUGCUAAGCUAAUAGUUUUGCUGACUGUACAAAUACUGGCUUCCGUGCAUGACAGCUAUAUUAGCCACCUAAAAAUAAGUUGGAAUUUGGACUUUUUUGCAUCUGUUAUGUAUGGUGGAGCAGUAUGUAUAGUAAGUGAGUAGUAGGUGACCGUUAAGGGAGCACGAACAUUUGUUGCGUAAACAUUGUAUUUUUAUAUAAAAAUUUUAGACGUUUUAGUCAAGGGCAAAUGCAAUGAAAUUAAGAAUAACCAUCUUAUUUUAGUAUCAAAUAGCUAGUGAUAUAGCCGAGGGAUCUGACGAGCAAUAUUUUAAACAGAAGUAUAUUUUCAGAGUAAAAACCCCCGCUAUAUCCAUUUCUUCCAUCGCAAGUUUAGUGCGGCGCGUCAUAUCUUUUGUUUCCUUCUAAUUUCAUGGCUUUAAACCCCCUCUUAAGUAAGUUAGGCUAUAUAUGAACACGAAUCAGCGCCUUGCAAAUCGUACACGCAAAGUGUUAUUUAGAUGAUUGCGAGGCAUCUUUGGCACAAAACAAAAUAUUCAAUGUAAUGUGAAUAUUUUUAAUUUUAAGAAAUGUUUGUUAGAAUUUAUUUUCUUGGAAGUGCUAAUGCCAUAGUUACAAAAAUAAAACA